GCCCUUCUGGGGUCGAGGUGCGGACAGACGCUUGUUUCGCCUCCGAGGGAACGGGAGGAGGCGCCCGGCCCCUGGCGACGGCGGCUUCCGUCCCCAGGAGCGCGCGGGGCCGGGGUGCGAGGGCCUGUUUCUCCUCAGCUCGGGUUCGCCCCGCCGUGAGGACGCGGUGACCGGGCCCUGGGGUGAGCUGUGUCUGUGCGGCCCGCCUCACUCUUGUGGGGCCGUGUGGUCACCUCACAGGGAAGUGGGAGGAGGGCCGCGCCGGGCGAGGCCUCCGAGGAGCGGGCGCGGGGCCCUGUGUGAGGGUGGCGGAAGGGGACGGAACCCUGUCGCGUCCUUGGCUUUGAAGGACGCCGGUCCAACCUGUUGGAGUCGCGGCUCUUGCCCGGUGAUGGUCACUGUCCUCCAGGACAGGCAUGGAGGAGCUUUCGGCCCAGGAAGCAGCGGCAUCGCCAGGGGUCCAGUUUCAGUGUUUGGAGAUGCCGUCGGAGGGUCUGUCCCCAGAGCCUCAGUUCGUGCAGGACACCGACAUGGAACAGGGACUCGCUGGGGGAUUUCCGAUUUUCAAGCCUGAUGGGAUCUCCCAGCUGGAACAAGAUCUACAGGUCUUUGAUCUGGAAACUAAGAAUAGAGAAGUCUUAAGAGAUGGCUGCUCAGAUGGAGAGACCAGAGAAGAGAACAAGCUGUUGAUUCCUAAGCAGAAAAUUUUGGAAGAAGUACCUUCAUACAAAGUGAGAGUAGGAAGACUCAAAAAGGAUAUUGCCCAAGUUCCUGAGACUAGAGAAGUGUAUAAACCUGAGGACAGAUUAGAAAGGCUUCAGGAAAUCCUAAGGAAGUUUCUUUUCCUGGAGAGAGAGUUUAGGCAAAUAACAAUCAGCAAGAAAACCUUCACCAGUGAGAAGAACAAUGAAUGUGAUGAACCUGAAAAAAGCUUCAGUCUGGACUCAACCCUUGAUACAGAUCAGAGAGUUCUUAGAAUACAGAAUAUUGAUGACAUUGAUAAGUAUGACAUGAACCUCACCCAGAAUUCAGCUUCUGGUAAACAUGAACAAAUAAAUCUAACACAGGAUUUUCAGAGUAGUGAAUAUAAGGAAAGCUUAAUGGAUCUCUCCCACUUUAGUAAAUGUGAGAGCAGUCCUACCACUGAGAAAUCCUAUAAAUGUGAUGCAUGUGAGAAAAUCUUCCAUCAGAGCUCAGCCCUUUCUCGACAUCAGAGAAUUCAUACUAGAGAGAAACCCUACAAAUGUAAAGAAUGUGAAAAAUCUUUCAGUCAGAGCUCCAGUCUUAGUCGACAUAAAAGAAUACACACUAGAGAAAAACCCUAUAAAUGUGAAGCAUCUGAUAAAUCCUGUGAAGCAUCUGAUAAAUCCUGUAGUCAGAGCUCAGACAUAAUUCAGCAUAGGAGGAUUCACACUAGAGCAAAAUCUUACAAAUGUAGCAAUUGUGAAAGAGUCUUCAGUCGUAGUGUACAUCUUACUCAACAUCAGAGAAUUCACAGAGAGAUGCCCUGUAAGUGUACUAUAUGUGGUAGUGAUUUCUAUAAUACCUCAUACCUAGUCGAACAUCAGAAGGUCCACUGUGAAGAGAAACCCUAUGAAUACAAUGAAUGUGGACUGACCUUUGUUAAACAUCAAGGAGUUCGUCUCAGAGAAAAGCCCUAUACGUGUAAUGAAUGUGGAAAAGACUUCAGAUUGAAUUCCCAUCUUAUUCAACAUCAAAGAAUUCACACAGGAGAGAAGCCACAUGAAUGUAAUGAAUGUGGAAAAGCUUUCGGUCAAACCUCAUGCCUUAUUCAGCAUCACAAAAUUCAUAGGAAAGAGAAAUCCUAUGAGUGUGAUGAUUACGAGGAAAGUUUCAGUCAUACCUCAGAUCUUGUCCUGCAACAAGAAGUCCUCGCCACAGAAAAAGCCUUUGAUUGUGACGCAUGGGAAAAGAACCUCAGUCAGAGAGCACACCUUGUUCAACAUCAAAGAAUUCAUACCAAAGAGAAUCCUUAUGAAUGUAAUGAACAUGGGAAGACAUUUAGUCAAGUUCAGGCCUCAUUCAACAUCUAAGAGUUCACAGCAGGGAGAAAUUAUGCAUGUUCUGAAUGUGGUACGUCUUUCAGUCAUAGCUCAACCUUUAUUCAACAUCAGAGAAUUCACACCAGCGAGAAACCUUCUGAAUGUGACAAAUGUAGGAAAGCUAUUAGUUGGUGUUAAACUCUUAAUCAGCACCUGCAAACCCAUACCAAUGAGAAAACCUGCAAAUAUAUCGAAUGCGGUAAAUGCUUCAUGCUAUUUUCGUACCUUAGUCACCAUUGCAGAAUUCGUACUGGAAUAAAAUUCCAUCACUGUAAUGAACGUGAAAAAGCCUUCAGUCAAAGAAACUACCUUGUUCAGCAUCAAAUUCAUUCCAUGCAGAAAGCCUAUGAAUGUAAUGAAUGUGUAUGUGUGUGGGAAGAUUCAGUCAUAUUCCAACCAUCAUUCAACAUCAAAGAAUCCAUACCCGACAGAAGUCAUUUGAGUAUAGUAAAUAUGAUCAGUCUUUCAGUUGGAGUUCACGUCUUUCUCAUCAUCAGAAUAUCCACACCAAACAAGAACCUUAUGUAAUGCAAAUGGAAAAAUUUACUGCCAUAUUUCAGGCUUUACUCAACAUCAAAAUAUUGGAGAGAAAAUUGUUGAUUAUUUGUGUAUGAAAUCGUUAAUAUAUAGUCUCAAUCUUUGUCAUUGCAGAAGAAUCUAGUCUGAGGAGUGAUGUGGUGAACGCAGUUUUGUUUCUCAUGGCAUUCUUUUAUUUAACACAAUAGGUGUAAGUAGGUAUGUGUACUUUAUUUAUGAAACUCAUCUAAGCUCUUUUUAAUAUGGCCUAUAAACAUUUUUAUUUUUCCUGAAAUUUGUUCUUAUUGUUCACAGCUUCCCUAAGAUAUCAUUAAUACACCAAUGUUAAAACAUAGCAACUUCUGGAAAGUAGCUGAUUUAGGUUUUUCUUGCUAUUUUCAGCCUAAGUUCUCUCCAAAACAGACUCUUAAGCCUGCUCAUUUCUCAGGACGUUACUUCCUAUUCCUUUCUAGCCACAACACUUGAGUUCCUGUUGAUUUCUACAUUCCUUUAAGCACCUUCAAAUGAUGGUUUCCUAGUUUUAAGCUUUUCACCAGCAGGUAUGCCACCCUUACUUGAGGUUGCUGUUCUGGUGUCUUCUUUCCUAAAGUGAAGCAUCUUCCUUUAAAAGAAUUGGAUUUCCACAUCCUGUCCAUUCAUGAAUAUGAGGGAUUCUGUCUCCCCUGAGUUUGUGGCAGGCAGCUAAACAUUUCUUGUGAUGCCCAAGUUCUUAGCUGCUUUGUCUGCAUCCACAGCCCUCUAAAAGAGAUGAGAAAGACAUCAGGGAGUCAAGAAGACUCCUGGUGGCCUAGCUACAUUCAUUCAGCGCCUAUUCUGCACAUCUAAAUUUAGAAUUUUAUAUACAGGCAUACCUCAGACAUAUUGCAGGUUUGGUUCCAGACCACUGCAAUAAAGCAAAUAUUGCAAUGAAGGGAGUCAUGAAUUUUUUGGUUUCCCAGUGCAUAUUAAAAGUUAUGUUUACACUACACAGUAGUCUAUUAAGUGUGCCAUAAUAGCAUUUUGUCUGAAAAAACAAUGUAUAUGCCAUAAUUAAAAAAUAAUUUAUUGCUAAAAAAUGCUAACCGUCUGAAUCUUCAGCGAGUCAUAAUCUUUUUGCUGCUGGAGGGUCCUGUAAAAAAACACAGUAUCUGUGAAGCGCAAUAAAAUGAGGUAUGCCUUUACUUCCAUUGAAAGCCAGCAAAAUGCUCAGGUAUGCUUUUGAUAGGGCAAAACAUAAGAACAUACAGUGAAAAAUCAAAGAGCUUCAUAAGGGAUUGCAGCCUUCCAACAAAGGUAUUGCUGUUGUGUAAAAUUUCUACAGAGAAUGUUUCAAGAGAGUGACAGGUCAGUUUCUGGUAAAGUUUUAACCACUACAAUUACUUCUUUACCUGUUUGGAUUUCCACCCCCAGUGUCCCCUCAUCAAUCCAAGACAGUAUGUGAGGUUUGGGGGCUUUGUGUACAAUUGCUUAUUCAUCAUCGCCUAUUUUUUUCUAUGUGUUUUACUAGAGUCUACAGGCCAUGUAAAAGAACAUGGGUUUUUUUGAUUGAUAAAAGUGAUCACAAAUGUUGGCUUCAGAGAUCAGGGUCACUGUCACAACACCCAGCAAGAGUUCAUGAUUCUGUAGAUGAUGUCAAAGCAUUUUACUAUAUUUUUCCAUCCUAAACUUCAUAACAUUUUGUGAAUAAGACAAUUGUUAUUUAAAAUUCUAGUUGUCAUUCCAGCAAUUGAGGCCUUCAUAGUUCAGAUGUUAUAAUAUUUACUAGGGAUCUUAAACAAAUAUAUAAAAAUUUAUUGCUCACUCUAUAAGCCUCUUAUGGCUAACCUCUAGCAUAGUUCUGCCACUAUAUUUUACCUCUUAGCUGUCAGCAAGCAUAGGAUCUCAUCAGGGCAAUGUAGGGAACUAAAUGAAUUGAUUUAAAUGUAAAAGCAAAUGAAAAGUGCAUGUUUAUUUUUCCUGUCUAUGAACGUGUAUACCCUUACGUAUGGAGACCAAUAGUCACCUUCAGUGAUUAUGAAACAGAUUAAUCCCUAAAUAACAGAAAAUGUAAAAAUCAAAUAUAUGCAUUUGGUUUAGGAAUGUGCUUUUGUACUUCCACUUGAAUAAAGGUGUGUUUGAUACUCUGAGAAUCUGUUUCAAAUAAAAUCUGAAGGCCUCAGUCAGAA